UUUUACUGUCAUAUGAUGAAAUCGAAAGAGAAGAAACUUGUAAAAACGUCAACAUUUACUUUUUCGACCAUGCCUUUAGCCGAGCCGUUUGAGCAGGCUUUCGUUAUCUCUCUUACGCUCACAGCAUCGCUCAACCGAAUCAAUGAUUAUGAAUGCUGUAUAGCACGGGCUAGGCAAGGAAUGGCGAUCGAUGAACCAGCUUCGCAGUCAGCCAAGCGGCAGCGUUAGUAUAGUUCGGCGGGCUGCAGUGUUGCGUUGUGUCUUGUAUCAGUCCGGUUACGCGGUGAUAAUCGGUUCCCGAGCACCUCAAACACCACUACUGCUGCGGUAGCGGAUUACGGCGUUCUGACUUCCGACACGUUGUGGCGGAUGCGUUCAAACGAGCCUCGAUGAAUCUAGUUUUGAACGAGCCAGCGAGACGUUCAUCAUUAUCACACAGCCAGUGAAGCCUGCCCGUGUGUAUCCGUAAAUGAGGUGCAGUGCAGAGCGCGUACACGCAACUCGACCGACGGUGAUAGGCGUAGGUAGUUGAACACUUGAAGACACGCUGGUCUGCACGAUCGCCCCGUGCCAUCUGUUGAGAUAGAACGGUCACAGGCAAAGGCACCGUACGAUACCAAACCGACGGUCAUCUCCAGCAUCUUCACCGGAGCCAUGCGUCUUCGCGGGGCCAAUCCUUUCCAGUCUUGGCUGGUGACGGUGCUGCUGCUCGGCGUAACGGUGAUCGCGAUGCCCUCCGACGGUCCAUGGACCAUCUACAGGAACAGAACGGAGAUCUACGAGGGCGACGAGUGUGAAUUGACGAAAUCACCACUGCGGACCGGGAUCUGCAGGAAGGCAACGGAGUGCCCACAGAGUGCGGGACCCAAUGCUGUGCACUGCGAGUUCAGCGUGCGCGAUGCGGUUGUCUGCUGUCCGACGACGGGCGGAACAGGAGUUAGCACCAACCGGUUUACCAGCAUCGCCAAGCAGGAGUGUGAUGUGCUCCUGAGCCGAUCGAGCAACCUUUCUGACCAUCUGUCCGGCGUCCGAAAGGAGGUGGCCCUCGGUGAGUUCCCGUUUAUGGCGAGCAUUAAAUUCGAGGGUGACGAUGUCGGUGAUAUCGGAUGCGGGGCGGCCCUCAUCUCGAAGCGGUUCCUGCUGACGGCAGCGCACUGUUUCAACACCUUCAAGCCCGCCAGCGUGACGCUCGGCGCAAUUCUAAAGGACGACGUGGAAGCAACCGAGUACCGGGUGAAGCAGGUGCACAUACACGAGAACUACAAGCGCCGCCAGAACGAUCUGGCACUGAUCGAGUUGACUACCGAUGUCGCGGACGAUUCGCACAUCGGUCCGAUCUGUCUCAACAACGGAAUGCUGGACAUCGAUUCGUCGGUCAACCUCACCGUGAUGGGCUGGGGUAUAGAUGGAAACGGUGCCAGGACGAACAGGCUGUACAAGGGGAUCGUGAAAAAGGUCAGUGAGAGUCAGUGCAAGGAGAAGUACAACGAAGCCCGGCUGACGAUUCAGCUGAACGAGAAAAUGUUGUGCGCACUCGGCGAAAAGUCUGCAAUCAACAACGAGUUCACGGAUACGUGCGAGGGCGAUUCGGGCGGUCCGAUGAUCAUGACCGUGCGGGGGAAAUUCUACCUCGUCGGAGUGAUCUCAUUCGGCACGAGCUGUGGCGGCCCCAUCCCCGGUAUCUACACGCAGGUUUCACAGCAUAUCGACUGGAUAGAGCGGAAGGUCUGGGGUGGCCAAUAGUCAGAGAAAGUGCCCAUUUUUCGCUUAUUCUUUAGAAACACGAUAACUAUACAAUUUAGAUAGAUUACCGGUAUCGCUAGAUCUUAGAAGAAUUUUGAAGCGUGUCCGGUAGUAAAAAUUCGAAGUGAGUGGUACACAGAUCUGGUAGGAAAGCCAUGGUUACCAGAAUGGAUUCUUUUCCAUUCAGCCAGCACACUGCAACCGACUUUCAAGGUUUGUGACGAUAUUCGUGUAUGCUAUUAAAUGUAUAGCUUAUACGUUUCAAUGUAAUGCGAUACAGUCAUAUACGGUCACUAUAUGUUCGUUUUUGAAGUAACCUUUAUGAUAAGAUACGAUGAUCAUAGCUUUUAAGAAUACGUUUAGGUGCAUCUUUCUUUCGCUUCUCUAAACUGUAUACCUAGUUUCUAAGCUAUGUUUUUCAGGUGUGCUAAUAUUACAAAGGUACUGGAGGAAUACUAUAUUACCAGUACUUUCGAUAGCUUGUGCCACAAUUUACUCACAUUUGAAUGAGAUUCUUCAACUUGGUUGUAUGAUAUGUUAAAGUUCAUAUCAUACUUAUUUUUCCACUGACCACUGACCACUAUCGCCUACAUUGAUAUUAUGUGUGGUCUUGUGCCAGCAAUUUACCUGCUCUGGUAAAUAUGGUAGGCAAGCCUUAUCAUUCCAUUCAAUACCGUAAAAUAUCGUUGGAAUAUUCGCUGACGUAUUGUGGAUAAGUCAACGGACAAUCUUUUCAUUUUAGCUUUCAAGCGACAUGUAAAUUUUUGAAAUAAAAAUAUAUCUUAAGUUUGUCACAAUAAAUAAACUUACUAUGCAUUGAUUCUAUCAGUGUUAAUAGA